CGAAUCUUGUCUUCAAACAACAAAAUAUAUUCCUCCCUUAAAAAAAAUAACUCCCAAACAAACAGACCCCAUAGAUUGAUCAAUAAUCUCUCUCUACAAUCGAAAUGGGAAGGUGUUUAGUCUCGUCCACACUCACUCCCCUGCGAUUUUCUCAAAUACCCAGAUCAAUUUCACUAUUUAAUCGCCCAAAACUCACUCUCCCAUCUAGUUCUUUUGCAAUUCCUCAUCUGCGAAGAGGUUUCCGAGAUGGGUUUUGCAAGACUCUGUCGUUCAAUUCUAUCCCCACAAGAACAUUGUGCACCGAAGCUGUGUUAUCUGAAAUUCCCAAUCAGAAAAAGUACUCAAAAGUUGCUGCUGAAUCAACUGGCCCCAUAUCAUCCAAUCAGCUCCUCGGUGUGGUUGAAACUGCUGCUAAAACUGGUGCUGAGGUUGUGAUGGACGCUGUGAAUAAGCCUCAAAAUAUUGUCUAUAAAGGACUCACUGAUUUGGUGACAGACACAGAUAAAAUGAGUGAGGUUGCUAUUCUAGAAGUUGUAACGAAGAACUUCAAAGAUCACCUUAUUCUUGGGGAAGAGGGAGGGCUUAUUGGCAAUUCAUCUUCUGAUUAUCUUUGGUGCAUAGAUCCCUUAGAUGGGACAACAAAUUUUGCACAUUGCUACCCUAGCUUUGCAGUCUCUGUGGGAGUUCUGUAUAAAGGAAAGCCGGCUGCUGGUGCUGUGGUAGAAUUUGUUGGAGGCCCCAUGUGUUGGAAUACACGCACAUUUUCUGCAGCUGCUGGUGGGGGUGCUUUUUGUAAUGGGCAAAAGAUUCAAGUGAGUCACACCGAUAAGGUGGAGCAGUCACUUCUAGUUACUGGAUUUGGGUAUGAACAUGACGAUGCAUGGAGUACCAACAUAGAUUUAUUCAAAGAAUUUACUGAUGUCAGCCGGGGCGUGAGAAGGCUUGGUGCUGCUGCAGUGGAUAUGUGCCAUGUAGCUUUGGGAAUUGUAGAAGCAUAUUGGGAAUAUCGUCUAAAACCAUGGGAUAUGGCUGCUGGUGUUUUGAUAGUUGAAGAAGCUGGUGGGGUAGUUUCUUGCAUGGAUGGUGGAAAAUAUAGUGUAUUUGAUAGAUCAGUCUUGGUAUCCAAUGGUGUGCUGCAUGACAAGCUUCUGGAGAGAAUUGGCCCUCCAACAGCUAAACUGAAGAACAAAGGCAUUGAUUUUUCAUUGUGGUUUAAGCCAGAAAACUAUCACACAGAUUGUUGACAGUGCCUUCUUUUUAUAUCUCUGCAUUUAUUUUGUUGUACCCAACUCUUCUUGUUUUUUGAGCAAAAGAAGAAAAAACUGAGGAAAAUGUGGCUUCUUUGAUUUCUUGUGUUGAUAAACGAUCAUUAUUUUGUCAAGCUAUCCAUUACAUAUAGCCAGAUAUUAUUUUGUGGACAAAUUCUAUGAUGUGCAACCAAACAUGUGACUGUUGUUUUUCCA